GAAAAUGGUAACCUGUCAUUUAAUAAUUUUAAUUGUUUUGUAUGCUGAUUAGGCUAUCAAGGACUAAAAUGAUAUCUCAUUACAAAAUAUUUAAACUUAUUAUAUGCAGUAUAUGGAACCCAUCAACUUUAGCUGUUCCUGUGAAAUUCACUUAUUUGUACCAUAAUUAUUAGCAACAUUUUUUCCUUUUAGUGAAUUGAUAUUUAUUUAUAAUAAUGGCUACACGUUGGAGUAGUGAACUGAUGGUUGCAGAACAUCCUGAUUUACAGGCAAGUGCUAUGACAGUUGAUGCUACAGGUACUAAUGUUCUUUUAGCUGGGAGGAGGUAUUUUGGUCUAAAAAAUUUAACAGAACCUUUAGAUUCUUUGAAAAAGUUUCCCCGUCAAAGUAAAUAUGACGUUGGUGCAGCUGAAUGGAACCCUCACCAACAUUAUAAAAAUCUUAGUGCAAUAUCAACAAAAGACAAAGUUGAAAUUUUUGACUGGAGGCAGAGUAGUCCACAAUUAAUUCACAAUUUGUGCUCGCACACCAGAGUAGUAAGUGAUCUGAAUUGGCAUCAGUUUGAUGCUAAUCAAAUAGCAUCCUGUUCAAUAGAUACCUUCACAUAUAUAUGGGACCUUCGUGAUCCUCGACGACCUAGCAUAUCUCUAUCUACUGUUGCUGGAGCGACUCAGGUGAGAUGGAACAAGCUUUCUCGUUAUCUACUUGCUACUGCUCAUAGUGGUGAUGUGAAAUUGUGGGACCAAAGGAAAGGCGUUUUACCUGUCCAAUACAUAACAGCUCAUUUAGCCAAUAUCCAUUGUUUGGAUUGGGACCCAAAUCAGGAAAGUCGAUUAGCAACUUCUAGUCAAGACUGCACUGUAAAAUUUUUUGAUACUAGUAACCCUAAGAAACCAGAAAAUCUACUCACUGCUGUAGCACCAGUAUGGAGAGCUCGAUACACACCUUUUGGAAAUGGUAUGCUAAUGGUAGUAGUGCCACCAAUGAGAAGAGGUGAUAAUAGUUUACUCUUAUGGAAUUUAGCUAAUAAAGGACCAAAAAGUACUCCUAUUCAUACAUUUGUUGGUCACACCGAUGUUGUUCUUGAAUUUGAGUGGAGAAAGCGACCUGAUUCACUUGAUUAUCAAUUAAUAACCUGGUCAAAAGAUCAGACUUUAAGGAUUUGGCAGAUUGAACCAUUUCUUCAAAAACUUUGUGGGAUAGAAAGUGAUGGAGAACCUUCUCUUGAACAACACCCAGCAGCUGAUUUAUUAACAUCUCCUGCUAUCGUCAAUCCAGUGGAAAAUACGGUUAUUGGUGACUCCCGAAGUAGUAGUAUAGAUGUUGCAGAACCUAACAUAAAUGAAUUUGAUUCAUCUCUUGUUACAAUAACUCAACCAAAGACAUUACAUCAAGAGUUUUCUUUGGUCAAUGUGAAUAUACACAAUGUUACUUUUGAUUUGAUGGAUCCUAUUAAAAGAAGAUGCAGUGUAACAGCUAGAGUUGAAGGUAACAUUGUCAUCCUUCAGGUUGCCUUUCCAUUAGGUUAUCCAAAUAACAUUUCACCAAUUUUUCAGUUUACUUCAGAAACCAAUGUUGAUUCAGAAACAAAAACUAAAUUAAUAAAGGUACUUAAACAAACAGCUCUUCAAAGAGUUAAGAAGAAUAGAUCGUGCCUAGAACCAUGUAUCCGACAACUUGUGAAGACAUUAGAAGAGUUAUCGGUGUCAGACGGUUCUGAAAAAAACCAGCAUUUUCAUAAUUCAUUGAUUCAGCAUUCUUCAGUAUAUUCUAGUUUCCAGGAUGUUUACAUUCCAUUUCCUCGUACAUCUGGAGCCAAAUUUUGUAAUGUUGGUAUGCUUGUUUGCUUUGGACGAACAUCUAGUGGCAGGCAGGUUUCAAUGCGUAAUGACAAAAAAACUCCAAGAUCUUUUUCUGCUUUAAAUGUUUAUUCAGAAUCUCCUGUUACAACUUAUUAUUAUGAUAGGCAUACGAACCAGACAAGAUCUUCAAGAAUAAAUCGUGGAGUAUCUAAAGGUGCUUCUCAAAAGGGUGGAAAGGCAGUUUUGGUUUAUGAUGUAUCCAGUUUAUUCCCUUUUCAAAGAGAUUUGGCAGAAAAAUAUGUUUUUGACUGCCAUGAUGUAGUUGGCAUGUGUCAAAGAAAUUCACAAGUUGCUAUGAUGCUUGGAAGAAAGGAUCUGGGACAAGUCUGGAGCCUGGCAGCACUUGCAGCAACACCUCCAGUUUUUGAUGAAGAUGAAGAUUUUCCUUGGGCAUCACAUCCCCUUUCUAUUGGAAUGAUUCAUUCAAUAAUAGCUCACUAUGCAAAACAAUCCGAUGUACAAACUGCUGCAAUGCUCUGUUGUGCUUUUGGGCGUAGGGCAGAAACUCAAGGAACCGGUACAACAAAGAACAUGAGUAAAUCUGUUAAUCCCAGUCCUGGAGGAUCGCCUUAUCAUACAAUACAUAAGGUUGAGUCUUUAAUUGAAGGAUGGAAUAUACCCCUUCUGAAGCAAAACCGUUCGAGUUCUUGGUCUGAAAAUCUUGAUGAGUUUCAUGUUGCCAAUUUAGUUGAGCUCUCUCCUCUUGAUACUGAAGAGGAAAAACCGUUAAGGGUCUGCCUUGAAGAAUCAUGGUUUUAUGAGGAAUAUAAGAAAGCAUAUGCUGAAAUUUUACACCAAUGGUAUUUACUUGAAGCUCGAGCUCAGGUAAUGAAAUAUAUUGCUCACUCUGAUGAGAAACAUAGUGGUCUUGAACUAAAAGCAGAAUGUCCGUCUUGUAAGAAACAUAGCAUAGAACCUUAUUGUACAGUCUGCCAAAUACCAGUAUUACAGUGUGUUAUUUGCCAUACUUCAGUGAAAGGAGGAGCGAAUUCAUGUUUAGUUUGUGGCCAUGGUGGACAUACUCAGCAUAUGAUGCAAUGGUUUGCAAACAACAUGGACUGUCCCAGUGGUUGUGGAUGCCAGUGUCUUUUUGAAACUGCAUCUGUGCUGGAACCGUAGUCGAAAUUACUAAAGAAAAAUAAAAACCAAAGAAAAUCUGGAUCAUAUAAGUGAAGCUGUGUUAUUACCGUAUGAGCCUUUCAGUUGAAAGAAUGACUAACACCAACUUCAACAUUUUUUAUUAUUAAUUAUUAUUAUUAUUAGUUUUAAUAAUUAAUUUUAUUGAUAUUUCUAGUGGGAAAAUUUAUACUUUGUUGACAGAGUUCUAUAUUUCAACACUGCAGUCACCUACUCUGGAAUCAACUUACUCACUGUCUGUACAGAUAUCAUAAAUUUUCCAAGCAUAAAUAUCACUAAAAUGACUUUAUUUAAAAAUGUUAAAAUUGGGGUUAGUCACUUGAAAGGCUCAUAUAUCAGUAGGGUGGUUGUGAGAACUGUCAUUGUGUUGUAUAUUAUUUAUUUAUCAAGAUGCAAUGACAUUGCUUCAAUUUUGGAAAUAUUUUUGAAUUGUUCCUUUGUAUUAUUUUUUUAUGUGCUGUGGUAUUAAAUACUUCAAGAAAUGAUUUAAUUACUUCUGUGGUCUGUUUGACAUGCUACUGUUGUAUAAUAAACUAAGACCCAUUUUAUAAAUUUGUUUAUUGUAAGGAAAGUGUUUAUUUUUAUUUUUGUAAAACAUUUGUUUUGUAAAUAUUAGUAUAAGUUUUUAUACUAAUGAAAAAUAGUAAUUAGGAGUUUAUUUAUAUAGAAUAAAUUUAAACUUCACGAUUAAAAGGAGAUUUUACCAUUGUUAUUUUGAUGCAAAAUUUUAUACAAGGCCAGAGAAAAAAAUUGUUGAAGUGUGGUAAAAAUGAACUUAAAUAAAUUGUUUUUCUAUUUUUUUUUCUUUAAAAAUGUAUAACUAUAUAAAUAUAUACUAGUUUAGAUAAAAAUUAAAAUUGAGUUCCUUGAUUUGAUCAAAU